UUUAAUAUAUUUUUAAUAACUAAUUGAAGUUAUUGUCCACUAAAUGAUUGAGUGCUUCCAUAAGUGUCUAAUCAAUUGAGUGAUAAAUAGAGCAAAACAUGACAUCCCGUGACAACCGAUUGGCCAAAUGGUAUUUCGGUGGUCUGGCCAGUGCUGGUGCCGCGUGUUGUACCCAUCCAUUAGAUCUGCUUAAAGUUCAUUUACAAACGGCCACAACAAAGGCCCGAUUGUCGACCACUUCUGGUUCGGGAAGUGCCUCUGAAAUGGGUCUUUUGGCUAAUACUCGUCUUAUUAUUCGUAGUCAAGGAGUUAUAGCCCUAUAUAAUGGUUUAACGGCUUCUCUUUUAAGACAAUUGACUUAUUCGACCACAAGAUUCGGUAUUUAUGAGGUGUUGAAACAAAGGAUUUCUAAGAAUGGUCAACAAAUAUCAACAUUUCAUUCCGUCAUUUUGGCCGGUAUUUCGGGCGCAGCCGGAGGUUUCAUAGGCACUCCGGCAGAUAUGGUUAACGUGCGGAUGCAAAAUGACAUCAAACUGGCCGCCGAUAAGAGACGCAAUUAUCGUCACGCCAUCGAUGGCUUAAUUAAGGUUUACCGCUAUGAAGGUAUCAAAACUUUAUUCAAUGGCACAACUAUGGCCACCACUAGAGCUAUAAUGAUGACUAUUGGACAGUUGGCCACUUAUGAUAAAUUUAAAUACUUGUUGAUGACAAAUGUUCCCAACAUUUUUGAUGACAAUAUGUUAACACAUUUUACGGCGUCCACAUUAGCUGGUGCUGUGGCCACCACUUUCACUCAACCGCUGGAUGUGUUGAAGACUCGGCUCAUGAAUGCCUCACCAAAUGAAUACAAGAGUGUCAGUCAUUGCAUUGGAUUACUCUUUAAACAGUCAGGUUUUGCCGGUUUCUUCAAGGGUUACGUCCCAGCCUUCAUACGUCUGGCCCCACAAACUAUUUUGACAUUUGUUUUCUUGGAACAGCUAAGGAUUAAAUUUGGAAUAAGAAUUACCAGUAGUUCUGAGACUAUAAAAUAAAGAGAUUAAAAACUCACUUAAUCUCAAUAAUGAUUAUUAUAUUUAUCUCUAAUUGUUGUUAAAUAUUAGUUUUAUAUAUUUUUGGUGAAUAUCAUGUGUCCGGUGAUCGAUAUGAUGAUGACAUUUACAGUUAAGACAUUAGACAUUUUGUCCAUAAAAUAUAUUUAUUAUAAGAAUUUUUAUUUAUAGCAUUUAAUGACAAUAUAAUU